AUUUUUACAUUGUUGAGUCAUGUUUAUUCGAUUAAUGAAAACAAGAAUUACGUUUUUCUGUGCGAUCUUAGCUGUCAUACAGAUGGUGCUUUUAUACAUGCAAGGUCCCGUUUGGACCACAAAGGUCUCCAUUGAAUCGUGUGAAGAUUCAAGAAGUUUGGAAGGAAACACGACGAAGAUGACCUGGCAAGAAUAUGAAAUGCUAUUCAAAACAUCAAUUCUUCAAACGACGUACAAUUGUAAAGUCAUCGAAGAGAUUGGUAGCGCGAUAAGAAAAAAUGGCGAAGGUGUCCAUUCUACGUGUAUGAACAACGUAUAUAAACCGAGGGUGCCAUGCAUCGUCUACGCAUUUGGAGUUGGGUAUAUAUGGCACUUUGAGGAUGAAUUUGCUGAACGCGGAUGCCAGGUGUUUGCAUUUGACCCCAGUAUGAAAACUGAGAGUCACAAACGAAGCGGAAAUCUUUGGUUCUAUAACAUCGGUCUCAGAAGUGUUGACUCUGAUAACUUUACUCCACAUGUGGAUAGCUACGUAAAUAAAUCACAGAUUUUUACCUGGAAAGUGCGAACGUUAAAGUCAAUCAUGGAAAUGCUGGGACACACGAAUAUAACGAUCGAUGUUCUCAAGAUGGACAUUGAAGGUUACGAAUUUGACGUCCUCACAACAAUGAUGGACGAUGGUACAAUAAAACACGUGCGCCAGUUGCUAGGUGAAUGGCACAUAAGAGGAGAUCAAAGAUUUGAAUUUUCUAUAAAAUAUUUUGUAGCAAAACGGCUUUUGAGUUACGGAUUUAAAACUUUCAAUUACAAUGUGGUAGGUCGGCAUGGCCAAUGUAAAAAAAUCUAUUGCUUGCAAGCUAAUUUGGGAUUUGUCAACACCAAAUUUCGAAAAUAAAACUCU